AGAACAAUUAAAAAAUACAUUUAUGGAAAUACUUGUUUCACAAUUUUCUUUAAGUUUGAUUAUUAUUUGCUUUAGUGGAUAUAAAAUUUCUAAUCAGUCUACUCUCGACUAUGCAAAUAUAAUAACACUUUAUUCAUAUAUUCUCUGCAUUUUAAUUCAACUAUUCUUAUUCUGUUGGUUUGGUAAUGAAUUAAUGUUGUGCAGCAAUAAUUUACAAAGUGCUGUUUACGAAACAGAUUGGCUUUAUUUUGAAAAUAAAACGAAAAAAAGUCUAAUAAUUAUUAUGAUAAGAACAGGAAGACCUAUAUUAAUUUCUGCAGGUUCUAUGGUAUUGGUUAAUUUAAAUUCGUUCGUAAUUAUUCUAAAAACAUCUUAUACCGCUUAUAAUGUCUUACAACAUAGAGCCCUACUUAUAAUGUUUAUAAUAAUUACAGUAACAUUAUCAUUAGUUUGUGUAACAUUUUUUUCUGUUGAUGGCUUGAAAAAUUCACUAUUUGAAAAUUUAUUUCUACUUCUUACGCUUUUAAAUGGUUGCAUUAAAAUAUUAGUCAUAUUAAUUAAAAAACAAAAAAUUUUGUCUCUAAUAACUGCAUUAGCACAAUAUCAACCAGAAAAUAUAAAAGAAGAAAAAAUUCAAGCUGAAUUCGAUGAAGAGAUUAAGCAAAUUACAAAUGUGUAUUUUUUCAUAGUCUGCGUAUCUCUAAUAACACUUAAUGCAAGUGUUUUUCUUGUAGAUAAAAAUGAAAGAAUAAAAACAUUAAAUGUUUGGAGACCUUAUGAUUUAAAUGUUAAUUUAUACUUUUGGAUUACAUUAAUUCAUGAAUUUUUUGGACAUUUAUUGAUGGCAUGUUGUCACAUAUGUGGUGAUACUUUAAUACCGGGAAUUAUGAUUCAAAUUUCUUGUCAAUUAAAAUUUUUACAACAAAGAGUGAAAAAUCUUCCCUCUAAGGUUGAAGAUAUUAAUAAAUCUAUCAAAUCCGUCGUCAAUAAAAUUAAUAUUGAAAAGAAUUUAAUUGUAGAAAUUAUUAAACAUCAUAAUGUAUUAUUUACAAUUUCGAAACAAUUGAAAGAAACGUUUGUGGAAAUUUUGUUUUUUCAAUUUUUUUUAAGUUUGAUAGUAAUAUGCUUCAGCAUUAUUAAACUUUCUAAAGGAAAAGCAUUCGAUUCAACUUCUCUGAUUAUUUAUCCAUAUCUUUCUGCAAUGUUAUUUCAAUUAUUUGCAUAUAGCUGGUAUGGAAAUUUACUAAUGUUAAAUAGUGUCGAAUUACAAGAAAAAGUUCCAUCAGUAAAUUGGCUUUCUCUUGAGAAAGAAACUAGAAAAUGUAUUGUUAUCUUAAUAAUUCGUUCAUCACGACCAAUAUUAAUUUCUGUUGGCUCAUUAAUUCCUGUUAAUUUGGAUUCUUUUGUUAAAAUUUUGCGAGCAUCUUUUUCAGCGUUCAAUGUUUUGAAACAAACAGUGUAAAUUAUUGGC